UCAUGAAUUUCUUCCAUUGGCUGAAGACAGGAAAGCCAUACACCACUCAGGUACACGAAAUGCAUUGCCGUUAUUGCACUCAUCAGAAUCCCAAUAUCUUUAUGGAGUAGAGUUGGGAGAGCCAAGCGAACCGUUUGCGUGCGGCCUAUUUCUAUCAGCUUGCUCUUCGCUGGCAAGAUUGAUCAAGGGGAUUCCACUCUCGACCUUCGACAAAAUGGUCUCACGUUUACUUGCACUCGCACCAUUGCUCUCUCCGGUGGCAUUGGGUCAGCGGUCUGAACUGGGCGCUACAGACUUCAUCCGCUUUGGUUGCUCCCAGCUUGUGAUCGAACGGGCGGACCCACUUGUUUCUCCUGGGCUGAACCCAUCUCCGCAUACCCACCAAAUCGUGGGAGGCAAUGCAUUCAACAUCACUAUGGAUCCCGCGCACCUUGACCCAGCCCAAACUGCGACGUGUACCUCGUGCAUCUACACGGAAGACAACAGCAACUACUGGACUGCAUCUCUGUACUUCCGAUCUCCCGAAAACGGGACGUUCAAGCGCGUCCCACAGAUGGCCAAUGGUCGCUUGAACGGCACCUUGCUCGAGCAGGAGGGUGGCCUCACUGUAUACUACAUGCGCCCCUUCAGUGGUACGAACAAAAAGACCGUAGCUUUCAAGCCCGGAUUCCGCAUGUUUGCUGGUGAUCCUGCCUUGCGCACCAAAGCUGGCACGUACCCAGGCAUUUGCCAUCGCUGCCUGUCAGCUGCCGAGCGUAUAACGGGCGGUAGCGGUGCACCAUGCGACCGAAACGACACGCCUGAGCUGCCAAACAAGCCCUGCCCGGGCGGGAUCCGUGCAACUGUCAUCUUCCCGUCUUGCUGGGAUGGUGUAAACUUGGACAGCCCCGACCAUCGAAGCCAUGUAGCGUAUGCGCCCACAAGCCCGGCGCUUGCGGGGGACAAGUGUCCGGCAUCCCACCCAGUUCGAAUUCCGCAGGUUAUGUACGAGAUCAUGUUCAAUACAACUCAGUUUAAUAACCCUGAGUACUGGAAAGAUGGCAAGCAGCCUCUCGUGUAUAGCUUUGGGGAUCCGACUGGUUAUGGAGCGCACGGUGACUACCUGUUCGGAUGGAAAGGUGACGCUCUUCAGCGGGGAAUGGACGCACUCGGCAAGGAUUGUGGAAGUGAAGAUUGUACGAGGGUGCUGAAGAUUCAGUCUGGAAAGGAUGCUAUUGCCUGCACCAAGCCGCAGCAAGCAAAGGAGGACGUUGGCACCGGUACUUGGCUGAAGGAGCUUCCCGGCGGCAUGCCAAUUACUUACAGCUGAGUUCCAGUA